UCCUGGGGUUGCUCUGCAAAUGCAGUGGGAAAUCAAAUGGUUCGAGUUUGUUAAAGCUUCUAUACCAGCUGGCAUUACUUUUCGCCGCAACCAAGCCGGUGAGACACCAGAAGAAGUUUUCUCAAAAACCCACGAGGAUCUCAUGAAAGAAGGCAGAGAUUGGCUCAUCAAAACCUCUGAAUCUUGCUCUGUGGUGGCUGCAUUAAUUGCUGGCGUGGCUUUUGCCACCUCCGCUGCCAUCCCCGGAGGUACUCUGGACACAAGUGGCAAACCCAUCUUCGAAACACAACCGGCAUUCCAGGUCUUUUCCAUCUCAUCGCUCCUCGCGCUCUGUUUCUCAGUCACUGCCUUGGUUAUGUUCUUGGCCAUCAUCACGUCCCGAUUCCAGGAAAAAGAUUUCGAUACGAACCUUCCUGUGAAGCUUUUACUGGGCUUCUCAUCCCUUUUUGUUUCCAUUGCGGCCAUGUUGGUGUGUUUUUGCACAGGUCAUUUUUUCAUGAUCGGAGAUAAACUCAAAUAUGCUGCGUAUCCGGUCUACGCUUUGGCAUGCUUUCCGGUUUCUAUUUUUGCUGCGGCUCAGUUUCCACUCUACAUCGAUCUUUUACGGACUACUUUCAAGAAUCCCUUUGAACAUUUGAGUCGAUACAAAGUAUGAGAUUCAUAUUCUACUCACCCAUAUAUAGAGCUCAGGAUAUCCUGUACGUCAUCAGUCUUUUGGUGUCAAAAGAUUGCAUUUUUUCACAUGGACUAAAAAUAAUCGACAGUCAUCACUUAGUAGAAUAUUUCCAUAUAUAUACAUAU